AUGUAUGGCGAUAUAUCCAACAAGUUAAUUCAAGAAGCACGACGAGCUCAAGGUUUGGAUUCAUUACCAGCAUAUGCUACGGAACUUGUACAAAAUAUUACCCGGGAAAUAAAUGAGAUUAGUCGAGACUCUGAGGCUUUAUCUGAAGAAUACCAAAAGUUAUUACAAGCACGAGAAGAUCAAGAAGAGCGGGAUCGAGAGUUUGGUGGAUUAAAUGAGAAUGGAGAGGAGUUGACAAAUGAAGAAUUACAACAAUUAUCUCCCGAGAAGGAACGACAGCUGACAUGCGCAUUGGUUGUACUAGGAUUGUGUACUCUGCGCAAUAAGCGAUGUUUGAUGGCGUACCAGCGAUUACGGGCAGAUUUGAUGGACCGCAUGGCCUGGAGUGAGGCGGAUCCACAGGACCCAGCAACGACUCAAAAUAUGUCUCCAGGAGAGCAGGAUUAUUUUGCACGAUACUCUGAGUUAGUUAUUGCACAUAAGGGUCGGUUUUCGGAGAUAGAUUUGACGGGACCUUUAGAGCCUCCGCGAGAUUUAUUUAUUGAUGUACGAGUUUUGAAGGAUGCUGGGGAAAUUCAAACAGAGUAUGGGUAG